ACGCGUACCGUAUUUCCUUUAAAAAGUUCCCACGUUGUGAUGUGAGGCCAUUAUCAUUACUUUCUCUCUCUAGAAAAAUGGAGGAGGGAGAAGCAGGGGAGGAAUAUCUCUUCAAGAUAGUGGUGAUCGGAGAUUCCGCCGUCGGCAAAUCUAACCUCUUGUCUCGUUUCGCUAGAGACGAGUUCGAUUUGCACUCCAAGGCCACCAUUGGUGUCGAGUUUCAAACUCAGGUGGUGGAAAUCGACGGCAAGGAGGUCAAAGCUCAAGUUUGGGAUACUGCCGGUCAAGAGCGCUUCCGUGCCGUCACCUCCGCCUACUACCGCGGUGCCGUCGGUGCACUCAUUGUGUACGACAUUAGUCGCCGUACUACUUUUGAAAGUAUUAAACGGUGGCUCGGUGAGCUCAAUACUCAUUGCGAUACUGCAAUGGCAACAAUGUUGGUAGGGAACAAGAGUGAUUUGGAGAAUAUUAGGGACGUGAGCGUUGAAGAGGGCAAAAGUCUUGCAGAAGAGGAAGGACUUUUCUUCAUCGAGACAUCUGCACUUGAUUCCACGAACGUUACAACGGCUUUUGAGAUCGUCAUUCGUGCUAUUUACGACAACGUUAGAAGAAAGGUCCUAAACUCGGAUUCCUACAAGUCGGAAGUGUCUUUAAAUCGUGUUAGCCUAGUUAAGGAUGGGAACACGAAACAAAACUAUUGUUGUUCCAAAUGACUUGUCUGGUUUGGAUAAACAAUCAUUCGUUUCAGUACUACUCUUAUUUAAACACGCUUAACCAUGGACCAUAUUGGCUGCCAUUUGGUUCAUUAGUAGCACGCUCUUAGCCAUGGACCCAAUCCGGUACAUUAGUGCUAGCAUGUUGACUUUCUCUAAUUGGGAAGCUUUUCAUCUCUUUGUUCGAUAGUUACUCUUUGGAAUUCUA